UCAUGUGACUGAGGGAACACCACAAACCACGUGACCUGCUGUCAUACUGGAAUGGCUCUCUUCGCUCACUGUAUUACUUCGCUCUGAGAAAAUGGGAUUCUCCAUACGCCUAGCUAAAACAGACAAAUUUAUCCGCUAUAAAGACGUUAAUAAACAUCUAAAUAAAUCCGGCGUGAUAGCUAAGAGUGAUAAGGUGACAGAUUGGAGGAGCCCAACAUGGUAUUUUUUCAGUUACCCGAUGAUGUUCUUUACCUAAUCUUGUCGUACCUGGACUACAAAUCGCUAUGUCGCCUCUCUCAAGUCUGCAAGAGAAGCCAGCACUUCACCCUCCGCGACGUGGUGUGGAGGAAGAUAGCGAGACACUUUAUCAACACUGGACUGACACGGGAAGGAACAGACCUAUAUCCUACCAUUGCCCUAAAGGACAGGGUGAAGAUUUCCCAAAAUUGGAGUCACGGUGUUUGUCGUAACAAUGUCCUUCUCAAGUGGAAGAUAAACUUGUUGCCGUGGCUACAGCUGGAUGGAGAUUUGCUGUAUCUUUCUCAGGCAGCAGACAUUGGAGUGUACGAUCUCAGGGGGGCUGAGAGAGGGAGGUUUCAACAUAAUAGGGUGGACGUUUUUUCAGGACACCAAGAAGACGUGUGUCGAUUCACGUUGACGGAUGAACAUCUCAUCAGCGCUGGAGGAGAUGGGAAGAUCAUCGUCCAUUACAAAAACCGUGAUUAUUCUGUGGAGUAUUAUGGGCAUAAUCAGGAGGUGAACUGUAUUGACUGCAAGGGUGAAUUGAUCAUUAGUGGCUCUAGAGACAAGACUGCUAAGCUGUGGACGUUAAAUCCAGACCAGCUGGGCAAAUGUCUUCAUAUCAUCCCUACUUAUGACAGAGUGUGGUCAGUGGCCAUCAGCCCCUCUCUCUGUACCUUCGUGACUGGAGCAGCAUGCUGUGAAAACUUUGCUCCUCUUCGGAUAUGGGACACAGAAAGGUGUGACCUGGUGACGUGUCUUGGCACAAAUUUCCGCAGAGGCGCAGGUGUGUUGGAUAUUGUGUACGAGUCUCCCUUCCAGCUCCUCACCUGUGGAUAUGACACCUUCAUCCGCUACUGGGAUCUGCGUGUCUGUUCCAGAUGUUCCAGCUCGCCUCCACCACCAGUAGCCCAGUAUACAGCCUGUGCUUCAAUGCCACACACCUGUACGCCGCCCUCGACUCAGCCCUCUACUCACUGGACUUUAGAACCCCAGGGCCCAGGCCCAAGAGAUAAAACAGCUCACUCACAGCACACACACACACACACACACACACACACACACACACACACACACACACACACACACAGCUACACGUGCCUUGGCGUUUAAGUCCACAUUACACAACUUCAACACCUUUUCCCUCCAGCUCUGACAUCGAGCCUUUGACCUUUUACCCUUCCAAAACCUCAGCUUAGAACUUCAGGAACCCAAUUAAAAUAUCUGUACCCAGUGUGGCCUUGGAUUGGUGCCACAGAUAGUAGCAGAUAGUUGUCAUUUCUUCACUAAUCUGUGUCACUGGCUGUUGAGAGGAGCAGAGGGAGCAGGGUUCAUGACCUUCUGUGACCUGAGCUUUAACGGAUUUAACACAUUGCCAGCGACCUGUGGGAUUAUAAAACAAACACUGCUCAGAGCUGCCCGAUCACCCCAUGGGUAUUUAUGCUGAAAGGUAUACAGUACAAUAACAUUUUUUUCAGCUGUUCAUUUUUUCCUCAAAAAAAAAAAAAGGAAUUUAAAUGGGUUGACUUGGCUUUGUGAUUUUUUUUUUUCCAGUUCACAGUUAAAAGAUGUUGUGAAGGUGUUGCUUUUAUUCAGCACUUGUUCUGUAUAGAUGCCACUUUAGGCAAAUAAAGCUUUUAUACUGUAAACACAGUUACAUGUCUCCUCAGGUCUGUUCUGAUUGGAAUCUUGCAGCAUGCCAAAGACUUUCAUUUAGAGACAUUUAAAAAUAAUAAUAAUAAUAAUUAACGAUAGCACUAAAUACACUCAACGUUCCAUUUUAGCACCUCAGUACUGUUUACAUUUAGCACUGUUUAAAUGACA